AUGUCCAAGUUUACGAGAUUAUAUCUCAGGGCGCCGCGACCACAGAGUCUCUUCGGCUUGGUGGGCCUCCAAACUGGAACAGAACUCAUCUCACUGGCUCUGGUGUUCAACAAAGUCACAGGCGUCUACGGUCUUCUGGCGAUCCUCACUGGGUAUCAGCUGUCUCUUCUCCAACUCUCGACUUAUAUAUACUCCAUCAGUGUUCUUGGCCUGCUUGUGUACCUGAUCCCCCACAUCCGAAGACAGAGCACGUUCGAAUGCCUGGCUCUGGCGUGGCUAUAUUGUCUCGAUACGAUUUUGAAUGGAGCGUACACGGCUGCCUUCGGGCUCGAUUGGUAUUUUGCCAGCACCACCAGCGAAGGCGCCAAAUCGAAUGCGGUUCCAUUAACGGCUAUCGUCGUCGGGGGCUUUGAGGGUCUACGCCGCGAAACCGCAGUCCAUGGCGAAGUGGUGCCUCAGGAAACCGCCACUAGCAUGCUUUUGAUCAUUGGGCUCACGCUCAUUAGGGUGUAUUUUACUGCUAUUGUGAUGGGAUUCGCUCGUCAAGUCCUGCAGAAGUAUAUGCAACUGAUGAUUUUAGAGGGACCAGGUGUAGAUGAAAGCGAGGGGCCUUUUGCGAUUGACCUUCCAGACGGCGAAGGGCGGAGGGGCCGACUUGGUCGAUUAAUGGUUUCAUUUGGGAGAGGCUACUGGAUGGAUAUUCCUGGUUCGGAAGACUGGGAAGGGAACGUACAAAGGAAGUCGACUUGCAGCGGAGCGCUGUCGGGGCAAGAUUAG